AUGGGUAAAAGGCAGCAUCAGAAAGAUAAAAUGUAUCUUACAUACACCGAAUGGACUACUUUAUAUGGCGGAAAGAGAUCUGGCACAGCCGCUGAAGAGGAUACAUCAUUCAAGAGGUUGCCCUAUGACCAUUGUUGUUUAUGUUUGCAACCUUUUGAUCAACCAUUCUGUGAUGCUGAUGGCAAUAUAUUUGAACUUCAAGCAAUAAUUGAAUUUGCAAAGAAGUUCAAAGUAAAUCCAGUUACAGGAAAAAAAAUAGACAUUAAAGCAUUACUGAAACUUAACUUUUUCAAAAAUGCUAAAGGUGAAUAUCACUGCCCCGUGUUAUUUAAAUCAUUUACAAAAACGUCUUAUAUUGCUGCAAUACGAACUAGUGGCAAUGUUUAUUGUUAUGAAGCUAUUGAGCAGCUUAACAUCAAAGGCAAAAAUUGGAAAGAUCUCAUUGAUGAUACUCCAUUUGUCAGAAGUGAUAUAAUUAUUAUACAGGAUCCAAAUAAUCUUGAAAAAUUUAAUAUUUCAAAGUUCCACCAUGUAAAAAAUAAUUUGAGAGUGGAAACAGAGGAGGAAAUUGCUAUGAAAAAAGAUCCUCAUGCCAGAUUAAAAACAGUGUCUGCGGAAACUAAAGAUAUCCUCCAGGAAUUAGAAAAAGAAUAUAAGGCACCUGAGGCAAAGGAAACAAAAAAAGAAAUGGCAGACAAAUUUAAUGCCGCUCAUUACUCUACAGGCAUGGUUGCAGCUAGUUUUACCUCUACUGCGAUGGCACCAGAAACCAUUCAUGAAGCAGCAAUUAUUUGUGAAGAUGAAGUAAAAUAUGAGAGAGUUAAGAAAAAGGGAUAUGUUAGAUUAGUCACUAACGUAGGACAACUCAACUUGGAAUUGUAUUGUGAUGUAAUUCCUAAAGCUUGUGACAAUUUUAUUAAACUUUGCCUCAAGGGAUACUAUAAUGGGACAAAAUUUCAUAGAUCCAUAAGAAAUUUCAUGAUUCAAGGUGGAGAUCCUACUGGUACUGGAUUGGGGGGAGAGUCAAUUUGGAAAAAGCCAUUUGAAGAUGAAAUAAAGCCAAAUUUGCAUCACUCAGGCCGAGGAGUUUUAUCAAUGGCAAAUUCUGGACCUAAUUCAAAUGGAUCACAAUUCUUUAUUACAUUCCGGUCAUGCAAACAACUCGAUGGUAAGCAUACAAUAUUUGGGAAACUAGUUGGUGGUAUUGAUACACUUACAGCUAUGGAACAAAUCGAAGUAGACAAUAAAGACAGGCCCAUACAUGACAUCGUUAUUGAAGUUGCCCAAGUUUUUGUUGAUCCGUUUGCAGAUGCAGAGGAACAGCUUGCAGCUGAAAGAGUACAAGAACUAAAACGCCAAGCUGAAGCAGAGAGUCAAGGUGUAAAACCAAAAAAGGCAGCCACCAAGCAACCAUUAAAAGUAUUCAGGCAGGGUGUUGGUAAAUAUCUCAAUCUGACCGAGGUGCCUGAGUCUAACAAGAACACCAAGGCACAAGUGCCUUCCAAAAAAGUAAAGAAAGAGAGUAAAAAUGGCUUUGGUAGCUUUGACUCUUGGUAA